AUGAGUUGCCAAGCAUUUACUUCAGCAGACACCUUCGUCCCCUUGAAUUCUGACUCUUCUCCCACUCUGCCUCUGAUAAUGCAUCAUAGCGCUGCAGAAUGCUUGCCCGUCUCCAACCAUGCUACCAAUGUCGUAUCUACAGUCCCGUCUGUUUUGUCUUUGGUCCAUACUCCUAAAUGUUCCCACGUGCACUUCUCCAUGGCAACUUUGGGAAACGCAUCUACAGGUCUUCAUUAUUCAGUCCCUUCCUGUCAUUAUGGAAACCAACAGUCUACCUAUGGGGUGAUGGCAGGUGGCCUGACCCCUUGCCUUUAUAAAUUCCCUGAACAUGCACUGAAUGCCAGUUCCUGUGCUCUGGGGCAUGGCUUCACUCCCAUGCACCCGUCUAUCCUUGGAGAUGAUCCCGCAGCCACUGACUUCAAGCAGGAUUUCCGCCGAAAAACCAAGUCUGUUGAAGAGCCAAUAGACAUGGAUUCCCCUGAAAUCAGAGAACUGGAAAAGUUUGCCAAUGAGUUCAAACUGAGGAGAAUUAAGCUAGGCUAUACACAAACAAACGUUGGAGAAGCCCUGGCGGCUGUGCAUGGCUCUGAGUUCAGUCAAACAACUAUUUGCCGAUUUGAAAAUUUGCAGCUAAGCUUCAAGAAUGCCUGCAAACUGAAAUUGAUAUUAUCCAAGUGGCUGGAAGAAGCAGAACAAAUAGGAGCUUUAUACAACGAAAAAGUUGGCGUGAAUGAGCGGAAAAGAAAGCGCAGAACCACCAUAAGCAUUGCUGCUAAAGAAGCUCUAGAGAGAAACUUUGGGGAACAAAGUAAGCCUUCUUCUCAAGAGAUUAUGAGGAUGGCUGAGGGGCUUAACCUUGAGAAGGAAGUUGUGAGAGUUUGGUUUUGCAACCGAAGACAAAGGGAAAAGAGAGUGAAGACAAGUUUACACCAGAACACCUUUAGUUCCAUUAUGAAGGAGCAUCACGAGUGCCGGUAAAGUUUCCUGUGCAUAGUUGAGGAUUUCUGGGCAUUUAGGAUUUUUUUUUUUUAAAGUAUUUUGUAAGUCUGAACAGAAACGGUUCCUUUACAAGUUAGUCAAUUUUAACUGUAAUAUCUUCAGUGGGCUUUAUCUUAAUGUAAAAAGAUUGGAAACAUUGUUACUAUAUGUAUUUGAGCAGGAGAGACAGUUGCUUAGCUGUCAACUAUUCAAUCUGCAUUACUUGAUUAAUGUGUUACAAAUUGCACCCUAAGUACAAUACACUCACUAGUUAAUGUGAAUUUUGCCCAAAAGAUCUGGAAUGAUAUCCUUUGUGUUAAUUACAAAGAAGUUACUUACUGGUACUGCAGUGUGUGAAAAUGUUGACUGCACAUGCACACUUGUGUGAUGUGCUCCUCACUCCCCCAACAGCAAUGAGCGUCACAAACCUUCUAGAAAAGCUACAGCUGUUAGGAUCACUGAAGUGCCCCUUCCUAGCACCAAACAUUUAGAGCCAAGGGAGGAGGCUGUCUGAUCAGUGGCUGGUCCUCCUGCUAAACUUCAGCAUCAUUGAACUCUGUGGAAAGUGACUUGGUAAUUAAGGGUACAGUUGCCUGUCUUUAAAAAACUGCUUAUUGGCAAACAGUCUUUCUUCUUUAAAGCAGCCUCUACAGCUUCCCUCUUGUGGAGUCUAGCAGGUAAUACAACCCCAUGAGGGUGGGCUGAGUUUUAUUAAGCAAGGACUGCAGAACUUCCCUCCUGAAUGUAGCUGCUUGGUCAAAAGAGAACUGCCAUGUAAUUGUGAGGCCAGGACUCCAAGUAGCAACUUGGCAGAUUUCUAGGAUGGAAACGUUACAGCGGCAUUCUGGCUGCUGCCUUAGCCCUGAUGCAAUGAGCUUUAAGACCCUGAAGGUACUGACACAUUUGCUAAUGUGUAACAUUUCUCAACACACAGCUAAUCCAUUUAGACAGGUGCUAAGCAGAAAUGGCAUUUCCUUUACACUGAUCGCUAAAGGCUAUGGAAAGUCUUGCUGACUUUCUAAAUGCUUUAAACCUAGUUAAAUCAAAACUCAAACAUAAACUCAUUUUUCCCUGGGGAGAAUGAGGUUUAGAAAAGAACAGACAGAAAUCAUUAUUUCUAGUCCUCUCUUCUCCUAUCCUGCAGAACUGACAAAAUGAUUUCAUAGCUCCACCCCCAGGAGCCAGGGAUUGAGGGGAGCUGGAAUAAUGUGACUUCAGCACUCAAGGGAUGGGUAGUCCAGUGAUCACUGCAGCAACAUUGCUCCCAUUAUUUGUUAUAAUGAUACUAAUUAAUGUGUACAUAUUUCAAGCUUUUUCCCAGGACUACAAUUACAGAAAUGCACAUUAGUGGUAAUGGUAAAUACAAAACUAAUUUUUUAUGAAGCAGGCAUGAUGGUGAUUUAGAAAAUGACUAGAUAAUAGAUCCAGAAAGAGGUUAUAAUAUUUGAGGUCACUAAGGUGAGUGUAUAUCAAGUAGAACAUUUCUAUGUUGGUGUGCUUUAAAUAAUAUAUAAGCCCAGCCGAGAAGGGGCCCUAGGCAUGUUAAACUAAGGAAUAUAGUCUCCUGCAUUAAGAAAAUAUAUUCUUAUGAACAAACUGCAUUAUUGCUUUUAUUUUUCCUCCUUAGGAGGGGAUUCUAAAUUAAAACUCAGGCGGGGGGGGAAUCAUUUUCCCCCUUGCUAAUGCACGUUUUAUACAGGAUUUGAACUAUUCUAACCCCCCAGACUGUCACAACAUGAACACAGAUCGGUCACUAUUUUACAAAGCAAGAGUUCACUUUCUGGGAUUAAGCCUCAGCCUUCACCACCAACCACAGGCGCUGUACUGACAGAACUGCACUUUGUGUAAAAAAAAAAAACAAAAACCCUACACCCCACCCACUGGAAAGAGUAGAGAAAUGAAGAUGACGACUUGUAAUUUUUUCCUUUGGCUACUUUGUUUCUUUGUUUGAAAUUUCUUGUGGUGUACUAUGCACAUGUAGUCAAAUUUGCAAUAUGGUAUAGUUUGAUUUAUUUAUUUUCUAAAUUAUUUGCCUGUUUAAAAAGGGGUAUUAUGAAAAAACUGUAACCCUAUUCUUUGCCAAAAAUAAAGCAUUGUUCAAAUAACUCCUAAUACCAAAUGUAACUGUCCACAUUUGUUUGGUUGUGAUAGUAUUUUGAUUUUACUUUAGGUAGCAACAGAGUGGAGCAGCUAAUCUUUUUUGCAUGCUACAGUAAAUGCAUCAGCAGUCAUUACCCCCAUGCUCUUGUCCUCCAAAAUUGUUUAUGAGUAAAGGACACUUUCAAAAGCAUUGCAAAACAAAUGAAACCAGGCAUUGUGCCAUUGUCACAUAACGGAAUAGUGAACAGUUAACUACAGCAAGCAGCUUGUCUGAAAACAUCUGGGUUACAGAAACACUAACAACAGGGCACACUGCAGACCACCAGACUGACAGCCUAGAUGUCCUACACCUAGAUCCCUAGCCCUCCAGAAGGUGGGGAGUUCAACCCUAUCUCUAGAAGCUACUGAUCACUCCUGUCUGGUUUCACCCUCUUCCAGGCAUCCUUCUGAGAAUGCUCUUCUGAUACCUGAUCCUUUAAACCUGGGGGACAAGUAGCUGCAGUCUUAAGGUAGCCAUAUGCAUUUGACUUCUGCAGGCUGUAUCUUACCCUCCUCCCUCCGCCCCCCCCCACCCCCUUGCAGGUCAUACAUAUUCUUGGCUCCUAAUAUUCCCCUUUGUAAGGCGAAGGUGAUGCCUUUUAACAUUUAUAUUAAACUCUGGUGGGACAGAAGUUCUCCACUAAGCUGUAGUAGGGUGCCACUACCAAUAAAAGAUAUUACCUCACUCACUUUGUCUGACUAAUGAUAAAAGCAACUGAGCUUUGAAUUAAACAACUUGAGAGACUAUUUUAAACAGUGAAGGAGCAUUGUAGACAAAUGGUUGACGAAAUAUGGGGCACAUAGCAAUAUCAAGCCCAAAGCAAGAAAUACUGGUUUUUGCUUUGCGAAAUGACCAUUUCACUGCUGUUUCAAUUGUAUUUAAGUGCACAGUUUCUAAUACUUACAGCCAUAAUCUUUGCUCUGAUUGCAGCAAAAAUAAAUUGGGCAGGGAGGAGGAAGGUGAAACAGUAAAGAGGGGAGUGGGACUAGAGUAGGGUCAGCAGUUUUCAGCUACUACUUUUUUUUUUUUUUUUAAGCUCAACUAGGGUGACCAGAU